AUGAGUGCACCUGCAGCGUCGGUGCGGAACGCAGACGACAACAACAACAACAACAACAACGGCGGCGGCGGCGGCGAAAUGCAAGCAGCCGCAGUGGCGCCCUCCUCCUUCAUGCCCGGCCAGUCGGGGAAGAUUCCGGGCAGGAAGAGAGGAAGACCCCCGCUCCGCGGCGUGGCCAAGAUGGAUUUCCCCAGCCGCUACCCGGACUCUCUGCCCGCGCUGAAGGUGCCCAAGAAGAGGGGGAGGAAGCCAGGCUUCAAGCUGAAGGCCAGGAUGGUGAUGACCCCCCUGGCCAUCUCCCCGCCCAGCAGCACCCCCGAGCCCGACAUGAGCUCCAUCCCUCAGGACGCCGCCACCGUCCCGCACUCGGCCGCGCCCCAGGUGCUCACAGUGUGCAUCUACAUCAACAAGCAGGCCAACACGGGUCCCAACCUGGACAGGAAGAAGAUCCAGCAGCUGCCGGACCACUUUGGACCCGACAGACCCUCGGUGGUCCUGCAGCAGGCGGUCCAAGGCUGCAUCGACAGCGCCUUCCAGCAGAAGACCGUCUUUGCGCUCCUCACGCAGGGCUACGGCGGGGAGAAGAUCUCAGCCACCUUUGAUGGUAAGCAGCACCUCCUCAGCCUGCCGGUGGUCAACAGCAUCGACUACGUGCUGCGCUUCCUCAAGAAACUAUGUCGCAGCUUGCACUGUGAGAACCUCUUCAGCGACCAGCCAGUCAUCAGCCGACGCACCUCCUACCUGUCUGACGCUGAAACGUCUCCGGCAGACGACUACCGCCACGAGCAGGCAGACGUCAAGCGCUACCCGGUGGACCACGGCGAGUCCGCCUUCAGCUCCAUAAGCUCCUCCUACUCGCCAAAGUCCGCCUACGGCUUCCGCUCUUUGCAGCAGUUCCCCAGCGGCCCCACACCCGUGGGCCCCUGCAGGCAGACGUCCGCCGGCCCCGACACUUUCUUAGAAGGCAACAGGACAGGAUGUUACCCUGCAGAGUCCCAGGAGUCCAAGAGUCCAGCCAGUAAAGAGCCGUCCUCUUGGACCGUGGACGAUGUGGUCUGGUUCAUGAAGGACGCCGACCCUCAGGCCUUGGGUCCUCACGCCGACGUCUUCAGGAAACACGAGAUUGACGGCCACGCCCUGCUGCUGCUGAAGAGCGACAUGAUGAUGAAAUACUUGGGCCUGAAGUUAGGCCCCGCCCUCAAGCUGUGUUACCACAUCGACAAGCUCAAGCAGAGCAAGUUCUAGAAGGCGGGAAGGUUUGAAGGACAAUCACAACUUUUUUUUUUUUUUAACUUUCACUUCGUUAACAGAACAUCCAAUCUUUUUUACUUUCAGUUCGUCAACAGGACAAUUCACAUCUUUUUUUUUUACUUUCACUUUGUUUACAGAACGUCAAAUCUUUUUUUAAACUUUCAUUUUAACAGGACAUUUCACUUUUUUUUUUAAACUUUCACUUUGUUUACA